AUGAAUAGUGAUUCCAUUAAAGCAUCAAUGCCAUCGUCUGACUCCUCCGAUCGUGAUGAAGAGUCUGAAUCGCCAAAAAACUCACCAACCAGAAGAGAGUUCCAGCAGUUGAGAAAGAAAAAUGUUGGCUGGUCCUUGGCACCGGACACGACCGACUUCUCAAACGGCUGUUGCAUUACAAUGUCCACCGAACCACAUCAAAAACCACUUCCCAGCUUCUACAUCGAACGGCUGCUCGGUUUCGGCGGUACCGAACAUCCUGCGUCAACCAAUACCGAUUUAAAGGACCCUCUCGUAGAAACCCUACUGAACGUGUCCAAGCUGAGCGGGUGCGAAAAACGUACCACCUCGAACGGUGGCACACCGGCAAGCCUCUGCUCAACACCACCAUCCGGAAGCGCUGUCUCGAUCGUCAGUGAGCGGGAAUCGUGCGGUGGUGCGUCCUCCUCCCUGGCAUCACCCCUGCCGGAGGCUCGCAUGGAUGAUGCCGGAUCGCCGCCAUACAAUCGGCCGUGUCCCACCAUCGCUUCAAUCGUCUACAAUCAAACAACAGCCCAACCACAAUCAAUAGGGCCGGGCGAAGGACCGCGUAAGGUGAACGCCGUGUACAUAGCGUGGCCGGAAGGUAGAACGCUGGAGGUGAACCUGAAUCGCUUUCAGCGGAAGUUGCUGUCGUCCUCCCACGGCGCACAGGAUCUCGUCGCAGCGUACGGAAAAUGGCCGCCGGAACUGGGGACGACACCGUCGUCGGCCCAUCUGAUUCAGGAGCGUCCGUCGCAUAAAGCGAACCUCACCAAGCUUAAUAUCAGUGGCAGCGAUCCGUACUUUCAUUUGCAAGCUUCAUCAAUGGUGAAGCGGUACCGAAAGCAGAACCGCGAACGAAAACCGCGCCAGGCAUACAGUGCCAUGCAGCUCGAACGUCUCGAGGACGAGUUCCAGCGCAACAUCUAUCUGAACGUAAACAAACGCUUCGAAUUGGCCCAAUGUCUCGGGUUGACGGAAACUCAGAUUAAAACCUGGUUUCAAAACCGGCGUACCAAGUUUAAAAAGCAACAAGACUCGCGGAACAAGCGUGAACAACGUCAACAGGCCCAGCUGAUCGCCCAGUGGUUGUUCCAGCCACAACACUUGGGUAGCAUCCCGUUUGAUGGCCAGUUUCAGCCGGUACAUCGUCUACCCGCCACACUCCCUGUCCAUCGAUCAUCACUGUCCCUUGCUCAAAGCGCACUUCACUCUACACUAAUGGCGUCAUCCUAUGGCCACAAUCUACUACCACCACCGCCAGCAGCAGCAGCAGCACCGUUGACGACUCAGCAGCAGCAGCAGCAGCAACGUGCCUUGGAGAAAGAUCCUCGUAUUACCGCACACCCGUUGUACACCGGAUCGACUGUAUUCCCCACCUCGGUACGCUAUCCGACGUGCGGCCUGGUACCGUUGGUAACAUCCGGCAAGCAGGAACCAAGCGAAUGCGCGGCUAGCUGUUCGCCAGAAACGACGAAGACGCCGGAUGAGAAGGUCCACACGCAUUGCUAG